UCCAGUUGCUGCUGUCACUUCCUUCCUUCGCUGUAGUCGAGUGAGUGAGUGGAGGGGAACAGCCACACGCGUCGCCGACCUGUUUUUAGUCAUAAAGUUGCAUGUUUUAGUUGCAUGAAUGUAACACUUGGCAUUAUUUCAUUUGUGAAUGGGUCAACGACUAAUGUGGCAAGCUAAUGCCAAGGCUGAGUUGCCCGAGAGCUAGCUAAGUUAGCUAACACAGUGUUGUUCUCGAUGCUACUGCACUACAAUUGACAAGUUAGCUUCUUCGUUUUGAGUCAUUCCUUUUGACAUGACACACAGGAAAGAAGUAUUCCAAUCCAAGGUACUCCAGAAGCUUUACCCUGCUGCCCCAAAGUUGGAGAAGGAACCCUCCUCACCAUCCAUACGAGUGGAUGCUUUGCUAAAGAAAAAACAUGUGAAAAGAAAAACAUCUCAUCAGGAUAUUCCUCACAGUAAUCCAGCAAUGACAUCAAGCGCAGGCAUUCAAACCAGGCGCAUGUACACAGUUCUACCUCCUCCUGAAGACUAUGGGGCUGAUUCAGUGAAGUCUGUCACACAACCCGAGCUUGAGAGCAUAAAUAACGUGGAGGGUCCAUCUGAACACGCCGUACAGGAGUGCAGUGAAGAGCUGAACCAAGAGGUAGUAGCAACUGAACAGAAAAGAAGAAGGAAAAGGAGACUGAAACUUCGUGUUGAGAAAGAUGGAACAGCUGCAACUUUAGAGUCUAGUACUCUUCAGAAUGGGACACCAAUGAAUGAGGAAGGAGUGCGGAUUAGCCAUAAUAAGAAGAGGAAACUGAAGAAGAAACGGCACAAAGAGAAGAUGCUCUCGAUGGGUUUGAUACCUCGGGCUUCUGCAUUGGAAUUCACAUAUCAAAGAGAAAACAAUGAGGAAGAGGAGGAAGAAGAUGGGAUUAGAGCUUCUGAGGUGGCAAAUUUCCUCUGGACCACAAUGGAAAUCUAUAAAUCAGAUUCUUUACUGCAUGCAGAGAAGCUUCCUCACCUGUCUGGUGUGUUGGAGAAUCUUUUGAGUAGUAUCAACAGUGGAAGCAGGCCUGCCUCUCUCUUGAAUCAUCUCUACACUCUCCAGCUAUAUAUUCAACACAAGAAAAAAGACACACUGGAAAAGGCACUGCAGGACCUCUGUAACAACACCCAGAUGGCAGCAGAGGAAACCACUGCAGUUACAACAUUGUUCCAAUACUGGAUAACAGACAUUCUUCCCAUGAAGGGCGGCAAUGAGACUAAACUCUCUGAGACUUAGUCAUUCAGCAACACCGUGUAAGGAUGAAUGCUAUGCUACUUCCUUUUUGAAUUGUUAAUGAUUUAUUUUGUCUUAGUCACUCUAUUAUACUAUGUCAAUAAUGUUUUUUGUUUAGUUUGUGGAAUUAUUUUGCCCUGAUACAGGGAUAAAACAAAGCAUUUUGUUCACCCCAAUUAAGAAACUGGACUUUUAUUGAUCUGUUAUUUACCUCAUUGUUGUUUUUGGUUUGUUUUUCAAAUUAAUGAAUAUUGGUAACACUUUUCCAUCUUAUCUUACCCCCAAUUAUCAGCAAAGCAAAUGUCAGCACUGCAGGCAGUCGAGUUUUGUUUGCUGUCAUGACAUUUAAAACUACCCAACUAACCAAAUAGGUUCUCGAACAUCCCAACUGUCUGCAAAACACUGUUGCAAUUUGAAAUUACCGUGAUGUGUGAUUGUCAAACCCAAAUCCUGACUGUUUACAUAAUAUAUCACAUUUCAAAUUUCAGUCUUUGUAUCACUCAAUGGGGUGAAUUAUUCAGAACAGAAAACUAAUCCAGCAACUUGCUUCUCACAAACACUAGUUGCAGUUAUCUAACUUUAUACUUAAUGUAGAAACACAGCAUGUUGGAUGCAUGUUGGACUUUGAGCACCAUCGUCCCCUGGGGAGCCUGACGCUAGCUGUAUUCUAUUCUAGUGCAUUGACCCAAAGCUUGUUACCAGGGGAGGAGCUCAUGAAAAGGACAGAGAAUUAUCAUGGCUGGGAAGUGUCAUUGUGUCAUGUUGAGUAAACGCUGUCUUUUCAGAACGGAACGUUUGACCACUCACUGCAGCAAUCUGAAUCAUCUGUGUAUUUACAUACAGUAUAAUUAUUUUACCAGCUGUUGAAUUUGUAGUUUACCCCCCCCAAAAAAAAAACCUUUAUAGUUGUUUAUUGAUUAAUGUAAUAGACAGAAUAUCACUCAGAAAUGCGUACAAAUCACAAUAUAAAGUUGUAAAAUGUGCAUUGUAUUGAAUGAAAUAACUAAGGUAUUUGAUCCUUUACAACCUAGUGACAAUUCUUCCUCCCAUCGGCUGGUGCCCAUGUGGCGCAUAGCUAUGUACAAUAAACCAAUUACAAAUACUCAUGAGCUUUACUCAUCACGUAUAAAAGAACACGUCUGCUAGUAAUCAGUUUCCAUACCACCAUGACCAAGGCUAAAGAGCUGUCAAACGAUGUGAAGAAGGGUAAGAUUGUAGACUUGCACAAGGCUAGAAUAGGUUGCAGAACAAUCAGCAAAAGGCUUGGUGAGUAAGUGAUGACUACUGGUGUCAUUUUUCUUAAAUG